UGUCAUACACAAUUUUGAAAAUAAACUUAAAUGGCAAAUUAUUAAGUUACCUAAAUUUUAAAUAACUGCUUUGUUGAAUAUUCUACGAUUGAAACUGAACAAACUAAGGUUAAGAUAUUGAGUCGUAGUAUAUACAUAAUCGUAUCAAUUGGAAAUUUAAUUCCUUACGCUAUACACUACGCCACUCCAUAAGUAUGUCACUGAAAAUGCAGGUGGAAAAGAAAAGAGCCCAAGAUGAAAUGCGUAAGCUAAUGAGUGAACGAAAAAAUAAGGAUAAAAAACCAGUACAAAUUCAAAAUCCUCUUGCAAAAUACAAUGGUGCUGGACAGUUGACCUGUGUAUUGUGUUCAUCCAUUGUCCGUUCAGAAAAUGUUUGGCAAGUCCACGUUAAUAGUAAGCAACACAGAAAUAAUGUCGAACAAGCUAAAAAAUUAAAAGAAUUAACAAAAAACUUUACUGACGGAAAUGUCAAAAAAAGACUUGCAACUUCAACACCAGAUGCACCGCAAGAAAAAAAAAUCAAAGGCAUUUUAAAAAAUGCCACUGAAAAUAAACCUGCAAAUAUUGAAAAAACAAAAAAUGAUGCUCCAAUCAUAUAUUCACAUCAUGAUGAGCAUAUUAAAAGAAAGCCUUUAAAUUUACCAAAUGAAGAUGUAGGUAAUGAAAUAAAAGAAGGCAAAGAGGUUGUAGAAGGUAAGAAGGCAGAGGAAGAGGCAAAGCUAAAUAGACCAAUUCCAGAAGGCUUUUUUGACGAUCCAAUCUUAGAUGCAAAGGCACGAAAUAUUGAAUACAAAGAUCCAGUUGAAGAGGAAUGGGAAAAAUUCCAAAAAGAGAUAAAAGAAGAAGCAACUACAUCUGCGGAAAUUAUAGCUGGUGAACAGGAAGAAGCUACAGCAGAGAGACAGAUAGAUGAAAUAGAUGAGCAAAUUAGGAAUUGGUCUAGAGUAUUGGAUCUUGAAUUGAAAAAAGAAGAAACUAAAAAGAAAGUUACCGACAUGGAAGUUAUGGACCACAGUGAUAAUAAUGAUUCGGAUAGUGAAGCAGAUAUAAAUGAAUUUUUAGAUUGGCGUGCGAAAAAAUCAUACAGCUAACUAAAAAUAAAAUGUAUCAUUCAG